AUGGAUCGUCCAGUCAAACGCCAGCGAAUGGAGGAGCCUGAUGCCCAAACACCAGAGUCACUGCAGCGUUCUAUAAGCCCCCCUAGAAAGAGGGACAGAAAAACAGCUGUUGUGAAGUCCCCAUGGCAAUUGACCUGGAUCCAGGAUCUCCCAGAGAGUGACAACCAGGAUGCCGUGACUCUUAAGGACCUCCUAGGCGAUCCUCUCAUCUCAGAAUGUUGGGAGUUUAACUUCCUACACGAUAUCCCGUUUCUCAUGAACUCUUUUGACCCUGAUACACGCCACCUCGUUAAGGUGCAUCUAGUGCACGGCUUCUGGAAACGCGAAGAUGGGAAUCGGAUAGCGUUGGAGAACGCAGGUUCGGAAUUUGAAAACGUCAAGAUCCAUAUCGCCCCCAUGCCAGAAAUGUUCGGGACACACCAUUCAAAAAUGAUGAUUCUGUUCAGACAUGAUGACAUUGCUCAAAUCAUCAUCCAUACUGCUAACAUGAUCUCAAAGGACUGGACCAACAUGACCAACGGCGUCUGGAAAUCACCUCUACUCCCCAAAAUGUCAGGUGCACAAAGCAUUCAAGCUUCACCGGAAGAUCAUUCUGUUGGAAGCGGACAGCGCUUCAAAAUCGAUCUUCUUAACUACCUCAAGGCUUAUGACAGGCGUACGAUCAUCUGCAAACCGCUAAUCGAUGAGCUUACACAUUAUGACUUCUCAAGUAUUAAAGCUGCGCUGGUUGCGAGUGUACCGGGCAAACACGAUGCCCAGGAUAUGUCGGAAACUUCAUGGGGUUGGGCCGCUCUGAAAAGGUGUUUGCAAGAUGUACCAUGCCAAGAUCACCGUGAUUCAGAUAUUGUUGUGCAAGUUUCUUCGAUUGCCACUCUGGGUGCAAAGGAUGAUUGGCUACAAAAAACUCUUUUUGAGCCUUUGACUCGUUCUAAAAACCCAGGCCCUGGGCGGCCCAGGUUCAAGGUUGUCUUUCCUACAGCUGAUGAGAUCCGGCGAUCCUUGGACGGAUAUGCGUCGGGGGGUUCCAUACACACAAAGAUCCAGUCAUCACAGCAAGCGAAACAACUGGAAUACCUUCGCCCAAUUUUCUAUCAUUGGGCCAAUGACUCAUCCCUUGGUGCUAAACUUCCCGAAGACACCCCUUUGCGAGAUAGUGGUCGCAAAAGGGCAGCACCGCAUAUCAAGACGUACAUUCGGUCAAACAAAUCGUCCAUAGACUGGGGUCUUUUAACGUCGGCCAAUAUUUCAAAACAAGCUUGGGGCGAGGCAGCCAGACCAUCAGGCGAAAUGCGUAUCGCAUCAUGGGAGAUUGGUAUCUGGGCAUCACGAACCACAACCCUUAUUGACGAUCCACCCCCGCAUCAUGUCAAAGAGAGGCUGAGAUACAAUGCGCCUAUCACGACAUUGCGAAUCGAAAGAUGCGUGUCUUUGACCAGAAGUGGACGAGGAGCUGGAGUCUCGCCUUUUGGCACUCCUCGUGGUACUGGCGCACAUCCUGCGUUGUCGUCUUCAUGGCGUGUGGGCUCGCCUUUAGCUGAGGCUGCUCUGGCUGCAGAUCUCGCGGCAUGCUCGGAUGACGAGUUCGAAGACAAUGCGAUUGACGACGAUGUCUCUGUGUCAGACCUUCAGGGCGACCCCAUCAUGUAUCGUCGACCCAGUGGUGUUGCUUUUGGAGGCUCACGACCAAUUAUGAACCCUCAGACGUAUGAUGAGCCAGGCCUGACAGCUCUAGAGAGGAAGCAACAACCAUGUUCUUCCCCCAAGCACGGAUAUCGACAGCAGCAUGGGCUUUUUACUCGCAUCUAUCGUCGUCUUUUUAGUACAAAGAUUUCGCGGGAUGAAGAGGAGACGCCUGCUAUGACUGUGCAGCCUCCAUGCGAAACAGAUCCUCUCUUGGGUUCCCGUGAUGACGGUGUUUUACCCGAGCAUCUCAACGAUACGUGGGAACACGCUGUUGCUGAGCAUCGAAUCAAGACCACUUGGCAGCGAGAGGCCAAGACCAUCAUGACCUAUUCCGCACCACUCAUCGUCACCUUUUUGUUGCAAUACUCCAUUAAUGUCACCAGUAUCUUUGCUGUUGGGCGAAUUGGCAAGCUCGAACUUGGUGCUGUUUCAUUGGCCAAUAUGACCGCCGCUAUUACUUGUUUGGCGCCUUUUCAGGGCCUUGCUACCUCUCUUGACACUCUAUGUGCGCAAGCAUAUGGAUCUGGCCAUAAGCACCUUGUUGGGCUUCAGUUUCAGCGAAUGACUUGUUUCUUGUUCGUCCUCGGCUUCCCUGUUGCUGUUUUGUGGUGGUUUUCCGAAGGUAUCAUUAGAGCCAUUGUUCCAGAACCCGAGUCAGCAAAGCUUGCUGGUAUGUAUCUCAGGGUCAUGAUCUUCAGUAUUCCGGGAUUCAUCCUGUUCGAGGGUGGUAAGCGAUUCACUCAAGCUCAAGGUCUCUUCCGCGCUACGACUUAUGUUCUCCUGAUUGUUGCACCUUUCAACGUCUUCCUCAGCUGGCUCCUGGUUUGGAAGUUGGAAUGGGGUUUCAUUGGAGCUCCUACAGCUGUGGCCAUCAGCAACAACCUUCUCCCCAUAUUCCUCUUCUUGUAUGUCCGCUUCGUGGAUGGACGACAAUGCUGGGGCGGCUUCAGUCGACGGGCUCUCAGCAACUGGUGGAUCAUGAUUCGACUUGCUCUGCCCGGUAUGAUCAUGGUGGAGGCAGAAUGGCUGGCUUUCGAGAUCCUCACGCUCCUCUCAAGUCGAUUUGGACCCGAGUAUCUUGCUGCUCAGAGCGUGGUAACAACCAUCACAACACUUUCAUACGAGAUUCCAUUCCCUAUGUCAAUUGCUGCUUCAACCCGUAUUGCCAACUUGAUUGGUGCUGGCCUUGUUGAACCCGCCAAGAUGACUGGUGUCGUGGCUUUUGUUGCUGCUUGCAUCAUCGGGAUGUUCAACCUGACUAUAUACACUACCUUGCGUUAUCAACUACCGCUGUUGUUCACUAAGGACGAUGAUGUUAUUGAUCUUGUUGCAGCAGUCAUGCCCAUUGUGUCGGUUAUGCAAGUCUUUGAUGGUCUUGCAGCUGGUGCUCAUGGACUGCUCCGAGGUAUCGGAAAACAAUCAAUCGGCGGCCCUGCCAACAUCAUCGCAUACUACGCCCUUUCUCUCCCAUGCUCGCUCGCCCUCGCCUUUGGCCUCGAUUGGAAGCUGAGUGGUCUAUGGAUUGGUGUCACAGUUGGCACUAUGUCUGUCGCAUCGAUUGAGUAUAUCUAUUUACUCCGAACCGACUGGCACAAGGCUGCUGACGAAGCAGCCCUACGAAACGCGGCUGGAAAAGGAGGGACAGUUGACGAGGAAUGUUGA